AUGAACAUCAACGCGCUCGUCUGUGUCUUUCUACUGUUCUGCAUGUGCCUUAUAGGAGCGCUCGGUAAAUUGAUCCUACAGUUGACCCUAAUUACCAUACAAUCAUGGUAACACAUUAUUUGAAGGAUCCACACCUACAUAAAGACUUGAUAAUAUAUUCGUAAACCAUACAUAAGCCGUAUAGGAGCACUAGGUAAAGUCAACCUACAUGAAUUACCAUACAAUUACUACAUUAUACUGUCUAAUAUACAGUGGGGAAAAAAAGUAUUUAGUCAGCCACCAAUUGUGCAAGUUCUCCCACUUAAAAAGAUGAGAGAGGCCUGUAAUUUUCAUCAUAGGUACACGUCAACUAUGACAGACAAAUUGAGAAAAAAAAAUCUAGAAAAUCACAUUGUAGGAUUUUUAAUGAAUUUAUUUGCAAAUUAUGGUGGAAAAUAAGUAUUUGGUCACCUACAAACAAGCAAGAUUUCUGGCUCUCACAGACCUGUAACUUCUUCUUUAAGAGGCUCCUCUGUCCCCCCACUCGUUACCUGUAUUAAUGGCACCUGUUUUGAACUUGUUUAUCAGUAUAAAAGACACCUGUCCACAACCUCAAACAGUCACACUCCAAACUCCACUAUGGCCAAGACCAAAGAGCUUCAAAGGCACCAGAAACAAAAUUGUAAACCUGCACCAGGUGGGAAGACUGAAUCUGCAAUAGGUAAGCAGCUUGGUUUGAAGAAAUCAACUGUGGGAGCAAUUAUUAGGAAAUGGAAGACAUACAAGACCACUGAUAAUCUCCCUCGAUCUGGGGCUCCACGCAAGAUCUCACCCCCAUGGGGUCAAAAUGAUCACAAGAACGGUUAGGGCGACCCGGGGGGUGGUUCAGAGAGGUAAGGGGUCGCAGAAGGCGGAAGUGGCGGAGGGUGGCGUGGUGUGUUUAGGAGUGAUGGGGGGAAGGACGAGCGGUGAGAUGAUCAAGGGAAGGUGGGAGUGGAAGUAUGUGGGUGAUAGGAGAGACGCGGGGGAGGGAGUAAGUCUUGGGGAAUGAUGGAGGGUAGGGGAGCGGGGGCAGGAAUGGCUGUGUGUGGGAUGGGACCUCCUGCUCCUACACCCCCCUCUUUUUUUUCCCUCUUUUCCUUGACCUUCGAGAGCUUGACCAAAGUAAUCCAAAGCCUAUCCAUCAUACACACUACCCGCCAGGCGCCCAAAUCCUGAGUGCAAGACGUGUCCCCUGCUUAAGCCAGUACAUGUCCGGCCCGUCUGAAGUUUGCUAGAGUGCAUUUGGAUGAUCCAGGAAGAGGAUUGGGGAUGUCAUAUGGUCAGAUGAAACCAAAAUGAACUUUUUGGAUAAAAACUCAACUCGUCGUGUUUGGAGGACAAAGAAUGCUGAGUUGCAUCCAAAGAACACCAUACCUACUGUGAAGCAUGGGGGUGGAAACAUCAUGCUUUGGGGCUGUUUUUCUGCAAAGGGACCAGGACGACUGAUCCGUGUAAAGGGAAAGAAUGAAUGGGGCCAUGUAUCGUGAGAUUUUGAGUGAAAACCUCCUUCCAUCAGCAAGGGCAUUGAAGAUGAAACGUGGCUGGGUCUUUCAGCAUGACAAUGAUCCCAAAACACCACCGCCCGGGCAAACGAAGGAGUGGCUUCGUAAGAAGCAUUUCAAGGUCCUGGAGUGGUCUAGCCCAGUCUCCAGAUCUCAACCCCAUAGAAAAUCUUUGGAGUGAGUUGAAAAGUCCGUGUUGCCCCAGCGACAGCCCCAAAAACAUCACUGCUCUAGAGGAGAUCUGCAUGGAGGAAUGGGCCAAAAUACCAGCAAACAGUGUGUGAAAACCUUGUGAAGACUUACAGAAAACGUUUGACCUGUGUCAUGUGCCAACAAAGGGUGUAUAACAAAGUAUUGAGAAACUUUUGUUAUUGACCAAAUAGUUAUUUUCCACCAUAAUUUGCAAAAUAAAUUCAUUAAAAUCCUACAAUGUGAUUUUCUGGAAUUCUUUUUCUCAUUUUGUCUGUCAUAGUUGACGUGUACCUAUGAUGAAAAUUACAGGCCUCUCUCAUCUUUUUAAGUGGGAGAACUUGCACAAUUGGUGGCUGACUAAAUACUUUUUUUCCCCACUGUACUUUCCCCAUCAACAUAUAGGUCUAGAUACUGAUAUAGCCAAGUCAACAUAUACAGUAGGUCGACAUACUGAUAUGUAGCCCAAUGGGCCCUGGUUAAAAGUAGUGCACUAAAUAGGGAAUAUGGUGGUUUUUGGGGGACACACUCAUGUCCCACGGUUAAUAACUAACCAAUAACCAACUAGACACUGGGCCUGAUCGGACAGCUCAGAGCUUCAGCUCUUUUCUGUCCAUAUAAACACAUGGAUGGGUGGAAGAGGCAAGGUAGAGAAGGAGGCGUGGUCAAAACAAGGCAUUCACUAGCCAAGGUUAAUGUUCUAAUCAAUGGACCUUUAUAGGAAGACAUUGAAACAUUGAUCAGGUCCAGAUCCCAAGGUUUAUGUUCUAAUCUGUGGACCUUUAUAGGAAGACAUUGAAACAUUGAUCAGGUCCAGAUCCCAAGGUUUAUGUUCUAAUCUGUGGACCUUUAUAGGAAGACAUUGAAACAUUGAUCAGGUCCAGAUCCCAAGGUUUAUGUUCUAAUCCGUGGACCUUUAUAGGAAGACAUUGAAACAUUGAUCAGGUCCAGAUCCCAAGGUUUAUGUUCUAAUCUGUGGACCUUUAUAGGAAGACAUUGAAAUUUGAUCAGGCCCAAAUUUCCCAAGGUUUUUAUUUUUCUAAUUUUUGGGGGCCCCCUUUUAGGAAGACAUUAAAACAUUGAUCGGGUCCAGACCCCAAAGGGUUUUUAUUUUUAAACUGGGGCCCUUUUAUAGAAGACAUUAAAACAUUGUUUAGGCCCAGACCCCAAAGGUUUUAUUUUUAAAUCUGGGGCCCUUUAUGGGAAAGAAAUUAAAAACUUGAAAAACCCCUUUUGCAAUCUUUAUUUAGGGGUAAACAUUGAUAGGUCAACCCCCAAGGUUUUGUUCUAAUCUGUGGCCCUUUAUGGGAAACAUUGAAACAUUGUCGGGUCCAGCCCCAAUUUUUAUGUUCCAAAUCCGUGGACCUUUAGGAAGAAUUGAAACUUUUGAUCGGCCCAAUCCCAAAGGGUUUAUUUUUCCAAUCCUGGACCUUUAUGGAAAGACUUUGAAACUUGCUAGUCCCCAUCGUCAUUACCGGCCUCAGCUAUGAAAAAACAAAAAAGAAGUGGGAAAUGGAGGGCGGGAAAACAAGACUGAGGUGUUAAAUUCUGCCCUUACUGUUUUUUAUCCCCUUCCCCCUUCCGUUUUACCCCCCUUUCGGGUUCAAAAACCCCCCGCACCCCCCCCGCCCCCCCCCCGCAGGGGGAACCCCCCCGAGGGGGAAAAAAGGGGGACCCCCCAAAAGACCCCCCCCCGAACCCCCCCGACCCCCCCGAAGGGGUUCUACCUCUUCUUUUGUUUUUCCCCCUCCUCUCCUAUGUUUUUACCCCCCUUUCCCCUAGUUUUACCCCCCCUCUUUCCCUUUUCUUACCCCCUCCCCCUCCUGUUCUUACCCCCUUCCCCCUGUUCUUACCCUCCUCUCCUCCUGUUCUUACCCUCCUCUUCUUCCUGUUCUUACCCUCCUCCCCCCUUUUUUACCCUCCCUUCUUGUUUUUCCCCUCCUCUUUUCCCUGUUUUACCCCCCCUCUCUUCCUUUUCUUACCCUCCUCUCCCCCGUUUUUACCCUCCCCUCUCCCCCUGUUUUACCCUCCUCUUUCUGUUUUACCCUCCCUUCCCCUUUUUCUUCCCCCUCCUCUUUUCCUUUUUUUACCUCCUCCCUCCUUUUCUACCCUCCUCUUUUCCGUUACCCUCCCUUUUCCGGUUUUUUACCCCCUUUUUUCCCCCGUUCUACCCUCCUCCCCCUGUUUUUACCCCCUCUACUCCUUCCCCCCCCUUCCCCUGUUUUACCCUCCUUUUUCUGUUCUUACCCUCCUUUUUCCUUUUUUUUCCCCUCCUCCUUUGUUUCCCCUCCUCUUUUCCCGUUUUCCCCCCCCCUUUCCGUUUACCCCCCUCUCUUCUUUUUCUUACCCCCUCCCCUAUGGUCUUACCCUCCUCCCCUACUGUUUUUACCCUCCCCCCGGGGGGGGAACCCUCCCCCAGGUUUUACCCCCCCUCCCCGACCCCCCCCUUUCCUUUUUCUUCCCCCCCUUUUUUGGACCCCCCCCUUUUGAAAUCGAAACCCUCCCCCGUUUUACCCCCCUCCCUUUUCUUCCCCUCCUCUCCCCUGUUCUUACCCUCUCCCCCUUCCUGUUUUUACCCUCCUCUCUCCGUUUUUCCCCCUCCCCCGACCCCCCCCCGCCCCCCCCCCCGUUUUACCCCCCCGAGACCCCCCCGACCCCCCCCGAAAUUUUGCCCCCCAUUUUUUUUUACCUCCUCUCUUCCUUUUCUUCCCUCCCCUCUUUUUUCCCUUUUUUGUUCUUACCCUCCCUUUCCUGUUUUUCCCCUCUCUUCCUGUUUUACCCUCCUUUUGCCCUUUUUUAAAACCAUUUUUUCCCCUUUUCCACUUCCUUUCGCUCCGUUCUCCCCGCCUUCAACCCCCUCUCCUCCCCCUUUCCCAAAAAAAUCAUUACAUUUUGGGGGGACAUUCCCCCCCCCAGGGGGGGGUUUGCCCCCCCCCGUCAGUUUACAUGUCUUCCCCCUUUUUUUGCAGGGGAAAGGGGGGGGGGGAAGCGGGGGGUUUGGGGAAAAAAGGGGGGGGGGGAAAAAAAAAAGGGGGGGGGUUGGGGGAAAAAAAACCCCCUUUUUUUUCCCCCCCCCCCCAAAAACCCCCCCCUUUUUUAAAAACCUUUCCAAAAAAAAAAAAAAGGGGGGGGGGGAAAAAAAAAACCCCCCCCCCCCCCCCCCCAAAAAAAAAAAAAAAAAACCCCCCCCCCUCAAAAAAAAACCCCCCCCCCCAAAAACCCCCAAAAAAACCCCCCCAAACCCCGGCGGGGCCCCCCCUUCCCCCUCCAAACCCCCCCCCCCCCCCCCCACCCCCCCCCCCCCCCCCCCCCCACCGGGGAAAAAAAACCCCCCCCCAAACCCCCAAAAAAAAAAAAAAAAACCCCCCCCCCCCCUUCCCCCCACCUUCCCUUUCCCCCCCCCCCCUCCUCCCUUUUUUCCCCCCCCUUUUUUUCCCUUUUUCCCCCCUACCUUUUUUUUCCCCCCCCCCAUCCUUUUUCCCCCCCUUUUCCCUUUUUCCAAAUCCUUUUUUUCCCCCCCCCAUGUCCCCCCCCAAAAAAACCAAAAAACCGUACCCCCCCCCCCCCCCUUUCCAAUCCCCCCACCCCUCACAUCCCCACACCCUUCCGACUCUUCCUCCCCUCCAACUCCCCCUCUCCCCCUCUCCCCUCCCUUCCUCAGUCGUCCCUCCUCUUUUCCCCUCCCUUCCCUCUUCCUCCCCCUUCCUCUCCAUCUCUUCCCCCUCUUUCUCCAUCCUCUCUCCCUCCACUCCUCUUCCUCAUCCUCUCUUCUCCUCCUCCUCUCUUCCUCCAUCCUCCUCUCUUCCUCCUCCUCCUUCCUCCUCUCUCUCUUCCUCUCUCCUCCCUCUCUUCCUCCAUGCUCCCCUCUUCCUUCUCCUCCAGAUCCUGAUUCCCAUCACCCCGUACGUAUCCAUUGAAAUAGUCAAGGCGGGUCAGGUCUUUUCUUCAUCACUAACGACAUAGACCUGUAUGAUGAAGAGGCAGACAGCAGAGUCCAGUGUAGAGCCCUCAACACCACUGAGGACCUGGGACAGAUUCAGUAUGUCUUCUCAGACAAGACUGGUACCCUCACAGAGAACAAGAUGGUGUUCAGACGAUGCACCAUCAUGGGGACCGAGUACACACACAACGAGAAUGGUAAAGAAACAAUGGGAACUGUAAAGAAACAAUGGGAACUGUAA